AUGAAGCGAUCUGCUGGGGACCUGUCGUCGGCGGACGCCGACGCACAAAACACGAGCACCGCCACGCUGCCGAGCUCGAUCGAGACGCUCGAGUCGCUGAGUUCCGCGGAGACAGGCUACCAGAUCGCCGUGCAGGACUCGCAGAUCGACGUGAACGAGCAGUUCACGCAGAACGUGACGCGGCACCUCAAACGGCGCCGUGUAGGGCUCAUGACCCAGGCGCACAACUCGGACCUCUCUGCGGUCGACGAGAGCCCUGCGCGAGCGGGAAUCAUCCUCAGGCUGGAGCUGUACAAUUUUAUGUGUCACGCGGCGUUCAAGCUGGACUUUGGCGAGCAGACCAACUUUAUCAUCGGCCGCAACGGGUCGGGCAAGUCGGCGAUCCUGACGGGCAUCUCGGUGGCUCUGGGGGCCAAGGCCAGCGACACAGACAGAGGCAACUCGCUAAAGGGUCUGAUCAUGCACGGCAAGAACGUGGCGCGAGCGAUCGUGACGUUCAAAAACGAGGGCCCUGAGGCGUACCGGCCGCACGAGUAUGGCAAAAUCAUUACUAUUGAGCGAGUGCUGAAGGUGGACUCAAGCCCGUCGUGCCAGAUCAAAGGCGAGACGGGCAAGGUGCGAUCGACGAAGAAACAGACGAUCGACGAUAUUCUCGACUACUACGGCAUCACCAUCGGCAACCCGAUGACGAUCCUGACGCAGACGGAGGCGAAGACGUUUCUGGCGCACUCCACCGACGAAGCUAAAUUCCGCUACUUCAUGGAGGGCACGAGGCUCCAGGAGACGUUCAACAACGUGCAGGAGUUGCAGAAAGACGUGAGCGAGAUCAAGCGGAAGCUGGCGCAGGACGAGGAGAUUUUGCAGGAAUCCAAGGCCAAGCUGGACCGAGCGCUGGAGCUCUGGAACAACUUCAAGAACUCCGACGAGUUCAAGAAGCAGCAGGACCUGCUUUCUGGGAAGCGGCUGUGGCUGGAGGUUGUGAACAAGGAGGAGCAGCUGCGGCUGGCGAAAAACCUGCUGGAGGAGCGGCGGCGCGAGAUGGAGAACUCGGACAAGUUUGUGGCGGAGUCGGAGGACAAAAUCCGCGGCUACCAGGCGGAGAAGGACGAGAAGGCGCAGACGGUGUUGGAUUUAGACGAGCAGUUGCAGAAGCAGGAGCAUGAAAAGGAUGCUCUGAAGGAUACGCUGAAGGCGACGCAGGAACGACUCAAGGACGUGCAGUCGAAGCAGACGGCGAUCCAGAACGAGAUCAGUGUCGACGAGAGCAAUCUGCGAGCCGUGGAGGAGAAGAUCGAGAUCGAGAAGAGCCGGCUGGACUCCGACACAAGUUCUGUGCUGACUAAUCUGCAGACGCUCAAGACGAAGCAGGAAAAGGAAUUGGGCGAGUGUCGCGCGCGGUCGAGCGAGCUGGCGACGCUGGUGGAGGAGAUCAAGGCGCAGAAGGCGGAUCUGAACGAGGCGUUCCGCAAGGAGGCGGGCGAGCUGAAGGGGGAGCUGAGCCGGCUGGAGCAGAGUCGCGCGCAGUUCCACAACCGGCAGUGCAGUCGGCUCGACGGGUUUGGCACCGGCGUGGUGCGGCUGUUCAAGGAGCUCCAGACGAGCGCGCAACGGUACAAGGGCCGGAUCACGGGGCCACUGGGGAUGAAGUUCUCGCUGCGGUCUGAGUUCGACAAGUGGGGGUGGGUGAUUGAGAUUUUGCUACAGAGACAGCUGGGGACGUUUGUUGCUGAGAAUUUCUCGGACUCCAGUCUUUUGCGCGAGCGGAUGAAGUUCUAUCAGGUGCAGAGCGACAUUACUGUGCGUCGGGCAGAGGUGUUUGACUACUCCGGAAGCGUUCCUCGGGGCAACUACCUGAAAAUGGUGGACGUGCUUGUUUUCGACGACCGCACCGUGGAGUGCGGUCUGGUGGACACGAGCAAGAUCCACAGCACGCUGCUGAUCGAGGACCGCGCGACGGCGGAGCAGGUGCUGCUGGCAGACCGCGAGAACCGCAUUUCUGCGGUGAUCUGCAUGAUCCGCGGCGGUGCUCUGCGGAUCUCCAAGAGGAACAACCGGCUGCAGACAGACCCGAUCAGCGCGUUCAAAAACCGCGGGUGGCUGAGUCUGCACCGCACGGGGGACGCAGAGAACCCUACCUCGCAGCUGGACCGGCAGCUGAAGGAGACGAGCGAGCGGCUGCGCGAGGCAGAGGCGCGGUGGCGCGAGAGCGAGAAGAAGCUGGACGGCGAGGCGGGCGCGGCAAAGAGCGAGAUCCAGGAGCUCAAGCAGCGCGCGAUGGUGCUGACCAAGUCGCUGGCGAAAAUCGAGAACAAGCUGGAGGAUCUGCAGCGGGGCACGGGCAAGCUGGAGUCGCACCAGGAGGACCACAAGAACCUGAGCGCGCAGAUCCAGCUGAACGUGGAGCGGAUCAAGACGCGCAAGGCCGAGAUCGAGGCGUUGGUGCAGGAGUACCGGCGCGAGCGCGACAAGUUCACGGCGUGCGGCAGCGAGAUCAAGCGCAUCCAGCGCGAGAAGGCCGAGCUGACCGCGCAGGUCGAGGAGCUCCGGGACAAGAUCGGCGAGGCGCGCGACGCGGUGCGCAGCCACCAGAUGAAGAUCGGCAAGUUCCGCGCAGACGUGAGCAAGCUGGACGACUUUGUGCACGCGCAGCUACCGCCUGUGAUUGAGACUUUGGCCCGCCGCGCUGAAUCGCACUGCUCACGUGACGACGCCGCGUUGGCCCCGGAGGACACGAUCGAGAAGGUGGACUCGCAGAUCGAGGCGAUCGCCAACACGCUGUCGAAGAUCGAGCGCGACGUCGGGGUGAGCAGAGACCAGGCCAAGCUGAACGUGAUCCGGGCGCACGACGUGUACAGCGACGUGAAAAACAAGUACCAGGACUCGGUGAAGCUGCACAACCACCUGGCGUCGUCGCUGCAGGCGCGGCUCGACAACCUCACCGCGACGGCGAGCCUGUUGAUCCAGGAGGUGAACAGCGUUUUUGAGUCUGCCCUGCGGCUGCGCGGCUUCACGGGAAAAAUCGACUUCGACUUUGCCAAGGCGCGGCUCGUGCUCAAGGUGUCGACUAAACCGUCCGAGAAGCUGCGGAACGUGGAGUCGUUUUCGGGCGGCGAGAAGUCGUUUGCGCAGAUUGCGUUUUUGCUCGCGAUCUGGAAGCCGAUGCAGUCCAAAGUGCGCGGCCUGGACGAGUUUGACGUUUUCAUGGACCAGGUCAACCGCAGACUCGCGCUCAAGCUGAUUCUGCAGAAAGUCGCCGACAACCCCAAGACGCAGACCAUCUUCAUCACGCCGCUGCAGAUCUCCCAGGUCGACGGCCUCGACCACUCCUCGGUCCACAUCCACGAAAUCUCUCCUCCAGAAAGGGUUACCCGGGCAGAAUAG